UAAUCCCCGCUGCCCGUGAUUUAGCCCGAGCCCGCAUAAUGCUCCUAAACCCCCAGCUGCUACCCUGGCCACUUGCUCCCCGCGACAGACUGCGAACAGUUCGCGUUAUUAAUAAUUCAACCAACUCGACGCUUCCACGAGACCACGACCGGCUGAUCGCUCUGACCGGCCCCGACGCUAAUAAGGCUAUACAACUGCCAUCAUUCUUAUUCCAUUUUAAAGGGACAUUAACCUCCUUUUGUGUCGCUGAUAUUGGGGAAUAAACCGCUAUCAGUAUUGAUAUUGGAACGUAGGCUACGGCUAUCGCAUCAGCAGUCAGCAUUUUACACGAGGAUUUCUCGACAGGUCUUUGUUGCUGCUGUUGCUGCGGUGUAGGCAUUUUGGUAUCUCGGCAAUGCAAUAACGAUUUUGAAGACGUCUCUUUCAUCUCGUACGCUUUGAGGAGGAGGAGGCGUGGGACCAGGGGACUCUCCGAUUGUGGAUCAAGAGUGAGAGAGGGGGACAAGGGGAAAGCAGAACGAGAAGACAGACAGUGGAGCAAGAGAUUGGGGUGUUGGUGUUAGUUUGGAUACACAUUUUGGAAACGGGAGCAGAGAGCUGUUAUUUUCAAGGGGGAGAAAAUACAUAAACAAAAACUUACUUUCUAUCUUAUCUCCGUCCUCACAGUAUUUUACCUAUUUGUGAAACGUUUGUUGGUGGUUCGGCGUCUCUCUCACGUCACUGAUUAGUUGCAGAACUUUCUUUCACCACUCGGUGUUGAAGGCAGCAGGACUUGGACUCGAACGUCUCCCGAACUUCUUGGGCCGUCGACGAGCGUUGACGAUGGAUGCAACUUGUGCUAACAAGUGAAAAGAAGAAUCCAGAAUAACGAGGAGAGUAGGGAGUCUGCUGCUACGCUGUCCUUCCUUUCCUUUUCUCUCGCAGAAGAGAAGACUAACUUUUUCAAAGACCGUUUUCUGGGCCACAGGCCGACUUGUUUAAAGGACUUGUUUUUGCUUCCGGUAACACCGAAGAAAAAACAGAGUCGCGCUCUCUCGCCCUCUUCUCUCCCUCUCGCUCUCUCUCACUUUUUUUGGAAGCAGAAUUUUUAAAGUAAAAUGGGUCUUUGAGAGAGUUGGCACAUCUCCCUGCGCUAUAAUGGCCACUGACACGUACCUGGUGAAUGAAGACCCUUCCAGAGGCCCCGGGAUGCCCGAGUGUUUCCUCGUGUCUGAUUCCUACAGGGAUGAAUUCCACCCGUUCAUCGAGGCCCUGCUGCCCCACGUCCGAGCCUUCUCCUACACAUGGUUCAACCUGCAGGCCCGCAAGCGCAAGUACUUCAAGAAGCACGAGAAGAAGAUGUCCAAGGAGGAAGAGCGUGCAGUCAAAGAUGAACUGCUGGGAGAAAAAUCCGAGAUCAAACAGAAAUGGGCGUCGAGGCUCCUCGCCAAGCUCCGCAAGGACAUCCGGCCAGAGUUCCGGGAGGACUUUGUCCUCACCAUCACCGGGAAGAAAGCCCCCUGCUGCGUCCUCUCCAACCCCGACCAGAAGGGUAAGAUCAGGAGGAUCGACUGCCUGCGCCAGGCCGACAAGGUGUGGAGGCUGGACCUGGUGAUGGUCAUCCUGUUCAAGGGCAGCCCACUGGAGAGCACGGACGGAGAGCGGCUGGCCAAGUCGCCCCAGUGCUCCAACCACGGCCUGUGUGUCCAGCCGCAUCACAUCGGUGUCUCCGUCAAAGAGCUGGAUCUCUACCUGGCCUACUUCGUCCAGGCACCAGGCUUUUGUACCAGAGUCAAGCAUGAAAUGUGUCCAGUCCCCAAAACCAUAUACCCGCACAGAAGGGUUCCCUCGACCUCUGAGACAGAAGGAGGGAAUGGAGGGAUACUGACUGAGUGGAGAGUGGAGAGCAGAGCUCCAGGCCAGUCCAGGCUCAGUCCCUCUGAGACAGAAGGAGGGAAUGGAGGGAUACUGACUGAGUGGAGAGUGGAGAGCAGAGCUCCAGGCCAGUCCAGGCUCAGUCCCUCUGAGACAGAAGGAGGGAAUGGAGGGAUACUAACUGAGUGGAGAGUGGAGAGCAGAGCUCCAGGCCAGUCCAGCCUCAGUCCCAGCCAGAGAGCAUGUUGAGGGUGUUAAGCCAGGGAACAUGGCCUAUUCAGCGGGUUCAUCUUUGGCAGUCCCCCUGUUCCCCAAUACUGCCGCUUAGCUAGCUACUCACACAGCUUGGCUAAGGCUAACACUGCUAGCUACUAUAACAUUAGGUUUUCUAUGGUGAUGCUACACAAUACAGAAUCAGAUCCACAGUGGAUAUUAUCACACAUUUCUUUUGUUGCAAAUCAGAAAAACAAUAGAACAUAUUCUGGUUUUAGAGCCCGACCGAUAUAUAUUGUUUCACCAGUAUUAUCAGCUGAUAAGGGCCUUUUGACGCUAUAUAUCGAUAUUGGCCAAUAAUUCCACAAUAACUGAUAUUCAAUAAGUAGGAUUAAGAAAAGGGAAUCUAAGGCUCAUCUGAAGACUCGCUGGCAUUCUCAGGAUGUGUCAUUAUUGUCACAAUGUUACAAAUCAACAUUUGAAGCAUAUUUCUUUGAUAAUUGCUGUUUUGGAUGGCAAUUAAUGAGAACUUUUACAUUUCCUUUCAAUAAAACAGUAUAUUGACAGAUA